AUGCGAUGGAAUUUCUUACUCAUGCAUAUUAUUCCUAAUGUUAUCGCUUUAUUUGGACAUAUCGAAGAUCCUUCAAGGACAGAGCUUGACAUGUUUGAUUGGACUGCUGGAAUUCGAGUGGCGUAUUGCGUUGACUCACCGCUGCCUGAUUUGAUCUCGCCGUUUCGUAGAACAAUGGCAAAAGUUGUUACCAAGUACUGCCAAAACGCCACCGCUUGCAAUUUAAAGACACCUCUUGUGUUUGGUCCAGAGCAAGUUGUCAUUCUCGAAGGCUUUCCAAGAAGGGAAGCCCUAACAAUUCAUAUCAAAUUUUUUGUUCUUUUACCACACGCAUCAAAUCCACAAUUACGGCAACAAAGACCCCUACUUCCAAGACAAGUCCUGUCAGAUAUUUUGAAGAAGCAUCAUCAGGAAAUAGCCAAUCGUCUAGGAUGGCAUAUUAUCGCCUACGAAAGAUAUCCUCGAUACGACAGUAUGACCGAAUUCAUGAACAUCGCUAUAAUUCCGAUCGUCAUUGUAUCGCUUCCACUUAUGGUGUUUCUGGCGUAUUGGGUUUCCACAUUACGCCCAAAUUCUGGUAGUGAGACGUGGAUGGUAACCGGAUCGGCGGGCGGUAAAAAUGCGGCGCUUCGCCGAACGAUGGAAAUCAUUGCUGAACAAAACGAGGAAUACGAGCGUCAACAGCGAUAUGCUCUUACGAAAAACGUGCCGGUCACUGGUGGAAAUGAAGGAAUAACGGCGACCGGCGAACUGCUGCUCAAUGUUGCGAGACUCUCAAUGGCUUCGUCGCAACCCCCAAUGUCAUGCUCUUCCGCGCAGUCUCCUCAAAUAUUCAUUCAACCAGAUAGCUCUGGUUCAUCAUCAGCUCCUCGAGCUUCAAUCGCGUCAAUAUACGGGAAAGAGCUUCUCCACGUGAAACCAAGACACUCGCGUCGGCCGUCCUCUGUCGAAGAGAUCAAAAAGAAUCGCAGGCUGCGUGGCCAUCGAAAAUCCGAAUCGAAACAGUGGAAGUCGGGAAGUCUUAUGCUGGCCGGCUUUCGACGCACAUAA